CAUAUAUCAAACACAUGCAUGCAAUUAUUCAAGGAAUAAAAUAUUGCAAUCUCGGUUUUCUCUCUGAAUGCUCAGGGCUUUCGGUGUAUAGGUUGACUUUAUAUUUGUACACAGGACUCCAGGAUAUUGAAAACGUUAAAGUUAGUGUACGACAAUAAUUUUUAAACAAAUACAAAGUAACUAGUAAGUUAUAUUAUUGUUAAUACGUGAGAAAUCAAUAACUAGUCUGAGUUUUUUCUUGACUGAGUCUCUCAAUUAUGAAAGCCAUUUAGUGUUAAUGCGAAAUAUAAAACUACAUUCACCGUCAUUGUCAAUUCAAUGGCCAAUGGCUGCCAAUGGUGAUUUGGGAUUGUUGAUUGUUUGCGUCACUUUCAAGACACGUUACUUUAAAUUAAAUUUAGCACUACAUUACAUUUUACAUAAAUGAAAAUGGACUAGGCCUAAAUUUAAGCUUAAGUUUAUUAAAUAAAUUAAAGGCCGGCACUACGUACACUGCAGCCGUGUACCUAGCGAAACAAUUGACUUUGGCCUGCGUACACCACGGCGGUGUACCUAGCUAAAUCAUGGUCUGUGGCCUGCGUACACCGCAGAAAUGUUAAGUAGCAAAACAAUGGUCUUUGCGAGUCAAAUUUUUUGGCGUAACCGGUAUUUGUAGAUUUAAUGUUAUACUCGUGUUAAAACUGAAAACUAUUUAUUUAAAAUUCGUUUAGCACCUUGGGAAGAUAUUGAGUAAGUUCCUCGCUUAUGUGGCAAAGUACUUGUAAAGCAUUUCUUAUUAUUUUUUGGAAGGGAGGGGGCUGGGGGUGUAAUGUUAAAAGUUAAACAAUGAUUUAUUUUUAAAGUUAACCACUUUAUUUCUCUCCCCCCCCCCCAAUAUAUUGAAAGACAUAUAUUUAUUAAUUGUUGUAAGUUUUAUCAUAUGAUCGUGAAUCUUAAUAGGCAUAAAAAGGGUAGCUAAUUUGAAAUUAUUCUCUCCCCCCACCCCCACCCAGUUGCUGUUGUUGUUGUUUUUUUUGGGGGGAGGGAUAUUAUAAAUAUAACAUUGUAUGUGAUCCCUCGGGGCAUGGUGUAAAAAUGAAUGGGAAGCCAGUGAAUCUAUUUUGUUAGCACCAAGAUAUAAUUACGCCACAAAUACAUUACAGUAAGAGAAUCACAUACAUUGAUCAUGAAGUCGUGAAGUUAAAGUUGUCCAAGGCAUUGUCAUUGUGAUACCAAGCGUGUGUCAACACAAAACAAUAGUAUGAUGAUGAAUACGAAACACUGCAGUGUUUUUUAAAAGUCUUUUAACAAUAAUUAAAUAUCAUUGAUUUUGUUUUACAUUGGCAUUACACAUUAGUAAAAAAUUCCGGGGAUGCAAAAGUUAAGUUUGUUGUGCGGGCGUCCUUUGUGGACAACCCCUAUCCAGAGCCGUGAUUUGUGAAGGGCCCCUUUUUAGUUAAGCCUCUGCCCAUAACUCACCUCCACCCCCCACUCCCCUUCCGGCAAGGAUCGAUUUCUUAAAAAAAAAAAAACAAAUAAAAAAACUUUGACAAAGCGCAAAUCCUGUCCCAAUUCCAUUGUGCAAUGGUUUCUGUGAGAAAACGUCGUGUUUUACCCCGAGAAUAGCAUAUGCCAUGUCAAUCUGGAAAAAAAUUCCUUCAUGAAAAGGGUAAAUGCAGAACUAUGCCUAUGGCUUUGCUAUACAGUUUGCUACCGCUCCGCAAGUUUCUAACAUCGAGGUGUUUUCAAAAGAUUUGCUGUGAGACUGAGUUUUGUGAAUGAACCUUUGAUAUCAAGGUUGAAAUACGACCAUGCACAAUAAUGACAUUGAUAUUCAUAGUCAUAUGAUAUUAAUGAUAUACUGGUAUUUUCUUUGGGUGUUCGUAAAUGUAAAAUGUAAAUAUUCAACUACACGAAGAAUGUUGAAAUACAAUAGAAUAUCACUUAGUAUUCAUAAUGUUUCUCUUAUACAUGUUACAUACACUAUACAUGCGCUUUCAGAAACUUUAAGUUUGUUUUCCAAUGUCUAAUGUCUUAUUACUAAAUUUACCCGGUAUUUUCAAAGUCAAAGGCCGGCACAACUUGUUGAAACACUUAUAUAUAUAUAUAUAUAUAUAUAAGUGUGUUUGAUAUAAUAUUUAAACAUAUAUUUAAAUUGUUUAAAUUGCUACAAAAAUAUUAAAACUAAAAUGGGAGGGAAAAAAAAACUCGAUCCCCUACUGGGAAUUGAUCUCAAAAUAUAUUAUCGCCAAGCGUCCACUCUACCACUUGACCACGCAAGAUCUUCUCUAGCAUGCAUAUCUUAAAACAAGGCCAAUGGUACAUUUUUGCCGUGGUGUACCCAGGCCAAAGCCCACGAUUUCGCUAGAUACACUGCCGCGGUUUACGCAGGCCAAAGCCGAUGGUUUCAUUAGGUACACCGCCGCGGUGUACGCAUCCACUUCGUAAAUUAAAUGGUUAGAAAAAGAAAAAACAACAUUUUCUUAGUAAAAACUAGCACAAUACUAUUAUAGGCAUAGGCUAUGCCUAUACUAUACUGUAUGUGUAUGGCUAUGACUAUGGCCAUGGCCCAAUAAUGUCAUUGUUCAUUGCAGUGUGAUGAUUGUUUUGAGGAUAUUGAAAAGUGUGGGUGUAUAUAUUAUUUCUGAUUGAAUUUUUGCGUGUUAACUUAUGUCUAUGUCAGUCUAUGUGCAUUUUUUAUCAAAUUUACUCCAUGCUGUAAUGGUUGACUAACACUAAAUUGUACAGUACAGGACUAACUUACUGCAACUGUAUAGUGAAUAAUGGGUAAAUUUUGGGUUAAUGGUAUGGGUUUCGCCAAGAGUUGUCUCACCCUAAGUGCAGUGACAGUGAUGUCACUUUAGGAAAUCCCAACACUGAAGUUUGAAUAGACCUAUUAAUUGUAGACGAUACGGUUAAUAUGAAGUAUAUUAAAAUUUAAUUAGCCAUUCAUUUGUAUUAAAAUUCAACUUACACUUUCAAAAGAAAGGUAAAAAGAAACACAUCCUUGCUGGUACCCCAAGACCAAUCACCAGUGAAAAAAAAAAGACGUGCGCCAAAAGUGCUGUAAUUUGAUUGUUUUAAAAUCAAAUUACCUGUAUGUUAAAAUGUGGUAACUAAAGGUAGACUACUUGCAUUUGGAAUGAUCUUCUAGGGACUUGGGAGGGGAGACCCCCCUCCUCCCACUUUAAAAACCAAAACAAGAAACAAAGAAAUCCUCUGGGGACGGGAGACCAACCUAGUGACCCCUCCCCAAUUUAACAAUAAGAAAACUAUAACUUGCAUUAUGUGAAUACAAACAUCAAAAUCUUUUUAGUAUGGCGCUGUAGACAGAAGCGGACCUGGGGAACCUCCGUGAUCUAUAUACUGUGAAACACAUCACUGGCCUUACCGCUAACCCAAAAUCAACUGAAUAAUGUUAUUAUUGCUAUUGUAUAGUAGAACCCGGUUAUGUCGUCGGCCUCGAGGUUUGCCAAAAAGCAUCAAGAUAACCGAUUAAUCGAGAUAAAGGAAAACCAAUAUGGCGGCAAUAUAUUAACAUGUGCUUGAAAUUUCUUUAUGUACACGAUGUGGGUUUAUAAAUGAGAUGUAUAUGCACAUAUUUUUGUCGUUUUUGUUUUUUGUUUUUUUACACAACAUCGUUACCGCGAUUUGGUUGAUGAAGCAAUCAGGAUGCUAUAAAAAUGUACAUACAUGUUUGCUAACAACACAAAGCAUAUGUGGGGUGUCACUUUUCCGGAAUUCCCGAUUCGUGACACUAAAUAUUUUUCACCUCUGGAUUCGCGAGUUUUUAUUUUUCUCUCGCUCCAAAUUCGCCAGUUCAGUUUAUUCAAAUAAGGGUUCUGGGUUUUAAAAAAAAUCAACCCGUAAGAACGUGUGAAAGCCUAUAUUAAGCAACAAGCGGGUUUGCUAUAAAUAGAACAGGUACUGCAACCUUUUGUUUGCAAACCUCUCACUCAUCACUUCUGCUGUGUCAAGUUAAUUGCGCAGACAAUGAUAUUGUCAUUUCAUUUCAAUCAUUACAGUUUGAAGUCUGCACGUUUCUGUCGUAUAUAAUUUUCAAAAGCCUGCUAUUGGUCAUGGGGAUCGAGAUAACCGAGAUAAAGUGGCAAAUUAGGUCCCCUUUUGUGCUCGAGGUAUCUGGGUUCAUCAACAUAAAAGAAUUUACAUAACCGAGGAGAAAAUGCUAAGUCAAAGAGAGAAUUUGGUGGUUCCACUUCAAAAAUUUUGACAUAACAGGGUUGGCAAGGUAACCAAGGUCGAGAUAAGCGGGUUCGACUGUAGUUUAAAAAUCUGGUCUCUCGACUGCCAAUGUAUGAUAACGUUAUUUUAGAUAAAAAUAUGGUAUUUUGACUGCUACUGUAUAAUGUUAUUGUAGUUAAAAAAUCUGGUAUAUUGACUGCUACUGUAUAAUGACAUUUCCUAACUCAAUUUCCGUCCUAGAAAAAUAAAAAGAAAAAAAGUUAUGUGAAAAGAAAAGAAAACAAAAUUAAAAUAAAAUAUGUUUGGUUCAAUUUGGAUCUGUGAAUCAGCAUUCUCUGCUUAAGUUCACUAAGUCAAAAUACACAUCCCAAAUAGUUGGUGUAAACUUAGAGACAGAAAUUAGGUGUGUUUUGAGCAGGGCUAAAUGCAAAGAAAUAAAAUCUGUCUUCAGUUUUUUUUAUUGUAAGUGGCUAGCUCAUUUUUAUUUUUCAUUUUUAUUCUUUACAGAAAUCUGAACAUAAUGUCAACCUACACCAAGCAAGAAAAUGGGACCAAAGAAACUGUCCUUCUCAGACAGGCUUUACCAAAAUACAAUUUUCAACAGGCUCGUAAACUGCCCAAAGAAACCAUGGUCGAUGGAUCCCAUUCUGAAAACCCAAUUAGAGAAGAUAACCUUUUACAAACCCAGACUACAUUUGGAAUAAAUUCUGAGCUCCUUAAACCAAGUUCUUCCAGGCCUGUUGCUGUUGUUGGGGCCUCACACCAUAUUAGGCCCCAACCAGACACAGUAAAUGAUAAAUUAUUAACCGGACAACCAAAUCUACCAGUCUUGCCCAUGCCAGUUUCUCAGACUUACAAUUCUGCUUCGUUAAGGCAGGCUUUAAUUCCACAAUCAAAAGAACACCCAACUGCUGAAAAUCCGCAUCACAGAACAACUGUCACUGGUGAUGUUGACACAACUACUACUUUUAAACCUCAAAUGACCAUUAGACAGUCAGUAGACUUGCUACAAUCUGAAAACUUAUCUUCUAGCCCAGUCAUUGCUGCACACUGUGGAAGUAAUAAUUCUUCAAUCCAAAAUUCAACAUCAGUUACCAUGGUUUCUAGUGAUACAUUAUCUUCUGACAACAUCACAAGAUUGGAACAUGAAAAAGAUGAACUAAAAAAAGAAUUGAAGAUACAGCUCCAAGUUAAUUCAGAACUUAAACGGCUGCUGGUAGCCUCAGUAGGAGAAGACCUUAGCCAAAGGGUGGAAAGACUAUGCAGGUAAUUAUGUGAAACAUUUUUGGUUGCACCUGAUUUAUCAGCAGCUUGUGUGUCAUAGUAUAGGCUAAUAUUUCAACAGAAAAGUAGUUGUAGUAAAAUACAGUUACAUAUCUAAAAAUAAUAAUCCAAGUAUUAUUGCAGAUGAAUAUUGAUUUUAAAAAAUUCCCAUUCUCUGUGAUGUAUUUAUUCUUUAAGUCAUUUGUACUACACAUGUCCGGACAUAUACUAUAGACCAGAGUUUCGCAACUUGGGGUGCCAGGUGACCCUUCAGGGGGUACAAGGAAAAGUGAUUAUAUAAGUACAGAGAAGCCAUUGAAUUUUUAGUUAUGAUGUAAAUGUUGUGAUAUUUUUCCUUUUGUAAUUCAAUAAACAACAUUAGAAGUGGAUUUUUUGGACCUAUUUAAAAUGCAGUUUGUUACAUUUUUCAGGGUGCAAGACAUAGGGGUGUAGUUUGGGAAACCCUGCUAUAGGUCAUUUUGUAUUUAAAUUUAAACAAUUGUUUGGACACACUGGUAGGUCUACCAAUAAAGAUGAACCUGAUUAUAAAUGACGCUAGAUUUUCAGGUUCUAUACAUUUAAAUUAAUUUAGGUACAAUGUAAAAACACAUUUCUAGUUGCUUUUUAUUAAAAUGAUUAAAAUGAUUUGUAAUGCAUGUGUAUAUUUUCUUCGUGUAGGGAUCGAGCACAGCUCUCCAUGGACAUUGGUGGUUUCAGUAAGAAACUCAAUGAAGAUUAUGAAAAUCUUGAUAAAGUUUCAAUUCAGGCAGAUAUGUGGCGCAGCAAGUACUUGGCGUCACGGUAAGUCACAAUAUUUUAAAAAAAUAAUAAAAUGUAAACAUAUAUUGCUUAUUAAGGCGACUAAGGUUUUAUCUAUAAUUUUUUUAAAACUUUUAUUUAUAAUUUUUAGCAUGAUAAUUAUGUUAUAAAUAUUUGUAUCAAAGCUAAAAAAAAAUGAAUAAAAUAAUGUUUGAAAGCUAAGAAAUAAGAAGUGCAUUUUUAAUGAAAAGUUCAAUUUCAAAAUAUGGUUGGUUUAGUCUUUGUAAUGAUACAAUAUGGCACAUUAAUGAGUAACUUAAACUUCUUUCUGUUUACCAGGUUUUUGAAUAGUUUUAUGAAACUGUAAAUAUGUAAAAUUAUGAAAUGUUAUUCUUUCUUAGUGUUAUGAUUGAAGAGCUUGGUAACGCUCGAGCUUACUACUCACUCCAGUGCCAUGAAGCUCAAAAUGCUCUACAGCAGUUGUUAAAUGAGAGACAUGAACUACGCACAAACCUCCUGGAGGCUUACAAGUAAGAACCAUGAGUGUUAAAUGAGAGACAUGAGCUACGCACUGACCAUUAGAUUGUUAAAUGAGAGACACGAGGUACUCACCAACCUCCUGGAAACCACAUGAUGCCUAAGACCAACAUAAUGACCGAUGUCACAGUGUCAUUAGAAAUGUCAAAAGCUUAAUUACCCGUUAGCUUCUAGGGGUAAAAAAUUAUCCCAUAAGAAUACUGCUACAUUUUUAAAACUUUGCUAGACUUUAAUAGAUAACAAUUAUUUUUCUUUUUUUUUUUCCAAACAUGUGUGGUAUCCUUUUCUAAUAUUAAACAAUCUUUGAAACUGCUUCAUUCCAUAUGACAAGAGUGCUGCAACAAGUGAAAAGUGCCUUUGACCCCCUCAAUUCCCAAUGCUCGUCAUCUCUGAGGUCAACCAAUGUUUUGGAGCUAUCAAGAUCAUGUCAGCAGCUGGCAGAAGCCAUGCGAUUCCGACUGCUCCCUGCCCACGUGGCUGUUAACAUUGAUGCUGACGUAACGGAUGAACUAUGGUCUCAUUCUGUAACACGGGCAGAACAGUUUGCACAUGAAGUGAGUUCAACUCAAAAUAUUAUUUAGAUUCAGAGUCACAAUUUCUGAGUGAUGUGACAAAAAAAAAAUACUGAGCAGACAAAUCAAAUAGAAAAAUUGCUUUACCUAAUGUUAAGACAUUAACUUAAAUUAAGUGGUCCAAACAGGAAAAAAAGCAUUUUUGAGUAUUUUUCCUUGUUUUCCAGAGUACAGUGGGCCUACAGUAAUAAUAUAUAUAUAUAUAUAUUUAUUUAUUUAUUUAUUUAUUUAUGUAUUUAUUUAUUUAUAUAUAUAUAUAUAUAUUUAUUUAUUUAUUUAUUUAUAUAUAUAUAUAUUUUUAUAUAUACAUUUUUUUUUAAUUUAGAAAAUUUACUUUCUACAUUGCUGAAUAAAUAAAAUGGNAUAUAUAUAUAUAUAUAUAUGUGAAUUGGUUUUAAACUAUGUAUUUGCAAAAUAUUUUACUUUUUUCCCUAUACUUGUCUUUGAAAGUGAAUUUGGCAAAUAUUAUUCCGAUUUUACAGCAGUUUCAUGAGUUCCGAUUUACCCCAAAGGAAUUUUCAACUCUUGCGGUGUAGUGCCUAUUCAAUUUAUUGGAAUAAUUCUAUCACGAUGUGUAAGAGCAGAACCUGAUCUUUAGUUUAUCGAAGUAUUUCUUUUUUUUUUAAAAUGUUUAAAUGUGAUUUGAAAAUUUGAAGAAAAGCGUGUGAAAAUAUUGGAAUUUUAGUACUUUCCUUACACUGAUAGAAAGUUCAGGUUUUUGGCUACCUAAUCACAUAAUAUGAAUUCAUUUAGCAUGAUAGGCGCAAUGCCACACUGUUUACAAAUGCACCACUGUCAUUCAAAUUCUCAUGAUGUUGUGGCCAGACUUAAAGAUUGCUGUAGAUUCCACACUCUAGUAGGGUAAUUGCUAUAGAUGCCACACUCUAUUUGGGUAAUUGCUAUAGAUGCUACACUGUAUUAGGGGAAUUGCUAUAGUUGCUACAUUCUAUUAGGGGAACAAAGUCAACAAGGGAGAUUAAAAAGUAUUUAUAAAAGUUCUCUCCCUGCAGUCAUCAUCCAGCAGAUAGAUGAGGCAUUUUACCACAAUUGAAUUGAAUUUUGCACUCAAUUCAAUAAUAUUUUUAUUGAUAUUGUGCAUUGAUUUUUUAAAAAUAUUUUUCUGUUAGUGCUAGUUACAUUUGUAGACUCAUCUGAUGCCAUGUUUUUUUGAUAUGUGUAGACACAUCUGACAUCUUGGAAUACACAUUUCUAUGAGCUGAAAGUCAUUAAAUGUUUCUGCAAUGGAUAUGAUUAAUUUUAGUUUGGACUACCUACUUAGAUACAUUGUGCACAUAUUAGAUUUUUGUUACCAUUCUGCAGGUGCUCUCCCGGCCAGUUGAACCGACUGGAUCACUGCAGUCAGGAUCCUCAAGGCUUAUACCUGUAACUGGACCACAUGAUUCUCUUAUUAAGAGAUUUCACCCUCACACUCGGCAUGAAAACCUCACACUCAACUGCUGUGAGAAAUGUCAAGGAGAGAUCAGUGUUAUCUGAAAACAUCACAAGGCUAAACACUUUUGAUGUCAUCCUAUCCUUAAGUUGAAAACACUCUGUAUGUCAUCUAAUCCUUCAGUGCUUAACAAUCAAGGUGUUAUCCAAUCAUCAAGUGCUUAACACUCUGGGUGUCAUCCAAUCCUUAAGUUCUAAACAAUCUGUAUGUCUUUCAAUCCUUCAGUGCUGAACAAUCUAGGUGUCAUCCAGUCAUCAAGUGCUAAACACUCUGAGUGUCAUCCAAUCCUUAAGUUGAAAACACUCAGUAUGUCAUCUAAUCCUUCAGUUCUGAACAAUCUAGGUGUCAUCCAGUCAUCAAGUGCUUAACACUCUGGGUGUCAUCCAAUCCUUAAGUUCUAAAUCAAUCUGUAUGUCUUUCAAUCCUUAAGUUCUGAACACUCAAGGUGUCAUCCAGUCAUCAAGUGCUAAACACUCUGAGUGUCAUCCAAUCCAUAAGUUCUAAAUCAAUCUGUAUAUCUUUCAAUCCUUAAGUUCUGAACACUCAAGGUGUCAUCCAGUCCUCAAGUGCUAAACACUCUAUCCGAUCCUUAAGUUCUAAACAUUCUGCAUAUCAUCCUAUCCUUAAGUUUUAAGCGCUUUGGAAAUUUUCCAUUCCAUAAGCUCUAAACACAACCAACCCAAUAAAACUAAAAUGAAUUUUAUUUUAUUUUUAAAUUAUGAAAUACAAGCAAAAUUUUUUGGCUGGUUGAGAAGACACUUGAAAUGGUUAAUCUGGCCAACAAGAUCUUAUGGGGAAUCUAGUUAAAAACUGUUUGCAUCCACAAAACUCUCAUUAAAUAUUUGUAUGUAACUUAUUACUAUCGCUGUUCACAAACCUGCCCUAUUAACUAGUUGUCUGAUGUGAUAUGUUAGUUAUCAACUCACUAUAAUUAUUUCAAUGCUAUUAAAAAUUUGUUCAACUUAUUGUCUAGAAAUCUAAAUUAGAAAAUUAUGGGGCUGGCCAUCAAUAAAAUAAUUUUCCUGCUGCUCUCUGCACCUAAAGGUUGACCACCUUGGCUUUAAAAUUACUAUGUUUCAAGUAUUCGUAUAUUUUAUAUAUUGUGCAUGGUGUAAUUACCUAAACAAAUAUAUAUAUUUAAUAUAUAUAAAUAUAUGUUCAUGUUAUUUUCAAAGUUGAACUAAAGAAGACAUCAUAAAUUCAUUUUUGAGUGCAUUGUUACAAAUAAUCAAAAAAUUAAUUUUUUAAUUUGUUUGAUUUUUAAAUUACCAAAUUACAAAAUACAUAUUACUUUAUAAUUUAUACUAAUUUGUUUACAUUUUAGAUUCCAUAAUAAUACAUUGUUUUAUACUAUAUCAAGAUAUGGUAAAGGGUUGCAUGAUGUGCGGUAUUAGUUGUAAACGUAUAAUAAAGUGAAAUUAAAAUUAAACCAAAGAGUACAUUAGUAUUUACUAUAAAAAUAAUGGCUUAAAAACUUCACAUUUUCAUUUUUUUUGUUGUUGAAAAUUGUUAAGUAUAAUUAAAUUUCUUUUUUAAAAUUAUUUUUAUUUUUACAUUUAAGUAAAGAAUAUACAUUUUGGUCUGUAGCUUUUUUCUAAUGUAGGGAAUGAUCUAUUUCAUCCCUGACAGUUUUUGAUGUACAGUUGUUCAUAUAAGUGGCAUGUUUUAUUAGCACCACUAACAUAAAUUAAUCUGUAACAUUUUGGUAUGCAGUCCUGUAUAUCGAAAAAUUGAUGGAUCCCUAUUAUUUUACUUAUACACAUAAUUAAUUUCUCCCUAAAUGCUGAAGUACAAUUUGCUGAAUAAAUCCCAUUUGAUUUGAUUGCCCACUUCACCACAUAGCAGUCAGUGAUCGGCUUGUUAGGGUAUCAGAAUCAUAAUAGCCACAGAGGAAAUGGUCGGGAUCAAGAAUCAUACAUCCCAAAGGGAAUCCGGUGGAUAUCAAGAGUUACGUUUAUCCACUAUUGCUCAUGUCAUUGCCUCACCUACAAAGGUAAAAACAUUGUUUUGUUGUGCAGGUACAGUCACAGUAAAACAAUGUUCCUAUCAUGGCUCACUUAGAUAGCAGUCUUGAUAUUGAUUAAAUCCUGAUGAUAACAUAACUUCCUUUGGCGCAUUUCAUUGAAUAGAUGUUCUAGUCACUGAAAACAAUUACAGUUCAACUGUAUGGAUGCAAUUUAUCUUAAAAAAACUAUUAGCAUAAUAUUAUUAUGUGUUUAAUGUUGAAGUCUGUUCUAUUUAACUUUUUUUAUGGUCAUGGGACAACUUUUAAAUAUGAAGAAACCUCUUAAUUCAUGCACUGAAUAAAUUAUAUAUUAACAUUAUAUAAA